AUGUCCGGGGGGUCCCAGCUGGAGAAUGCCAACCCGGUAAUCUUCCAGCGGAGCGGGGAGAGGCUGCUGACGGCCUCCGAGGAGGACGAGGAGGUCCACGACGCAAUCGACGACAGAGAGAUAUUCGAUAUCCUAUCCAUCAACGACCCGGAACAUCCUCUCUCUCUGGAGGAGCUAAACGUGGUGGAACAAAUCCGAGUCAAGGUGGAUGAUGCCGGGAGCACUGUGGGCGUGGAGUUCACCCCGACAAUCCCCCACUGCAGCAUGGCCACGCUCAUCGGCCUGUCCAUCAAAGUCAAGCUCCUGCGCUCGCUGCCCGACAGGUUCAAGAUUGAUGUCCACAUAACUCCUGGGACUCACGCCUCGGAGGAAGCAGUGAACAAACAGCUGGCAGACAAAGAGAGAGUGGCGGCCGCUCUGGAGAACUCGUCCCUGCUGGAGGUGGUCAACCAGUGCCUGUCCACCAGGAGCAUCUAAGCAACUCUGGGCCUUUAACAACUCUUCCCGCAGACCUAAAGCUGGAGGGGUUUUUCCUACUCACUGUUCUCUCCGAUACCACACCUCCUUUUAUCCCUCUUCUCUAUAAAGAGCGGAGAAUGGCAAACAGUGAAGAGUAUCGAGGAUAAACUCAGCCAGAGAGUGGAGGAUCAUCCUCUGUUCUGUCAGCAGUAUGAAGAAAUCUGCUCUGUAAUCUAGAUUAUUUUUCAAACUCCAAACAUUCAAACAUGUACACCGACAUUUGCAUCAUGUAAAUACUGUUAAUUAUUUUGAAAUUUUUAUCAAAGGUCAGACAUUUUUAAAAAUAAAGAAUAUACAUUCAUGUCUUUUACUCAACAGUUUAUUCAGUUGGAUAAAAACAUUCAUGUUUUUGGAAAAUUAAAACAAUGAAACAUUGACAUUUCAGUUGUCUGCUGGAGACACACCAGCCUGAGGCACAGCUGGGAAACCUGACUGUCCAUGUGUGGUUAGAACUGUUUGUAAAGACUUUAAUUAACUAUGCAUUUUGUAUUAA